UUCCCAAGAUUGCCAAAACCGGAUGUUUUCCACCCGGUGCACUUCCGGGUAGCUCAGCUAGCUCGCUGUCCAGACAAAUCGACUAACUUGUGAGAAUGACAGCACUAGCAUAGUGACAGAGCUACCUGAAAAUGAGGAGCAUAUUGUUAAUUGCCUUUCUGGCUCCUUGUUGGGUCAACGGUGCCAUUAAGUCGAGAGUUACUACGGAAGAGAGUCACGAAGAAAACCCGGAGUUCGAUGCUCUGAACUCCGUCCUGUCAGAUUUUGAAGUGCUGCCGGUGUCAAGCCUCCAGCUGCACUCUGUAAGGAAGAGAGACGUCCACACCCAAUCCCACCUGGAGCGCCUGGUGAGCUUCAGAGCCCUGCACAGACAUUUCAAGCUUUACUUGACCACCAAUACGGAUCUCUUCACUGACAACUUUAAAGCAGUGUUCGUUGAUAAACAUGGAAAGGAGGAAAACUAUGAUGUUCAUCUUCAGAACUAUUUCACUGGACAUGUUGUCGGAGAGGAGAAUUCACGUGUGCAGGCACACAUAGAAGGAGAUGAGUUUUCUGCUCACAUUCUAACUGAUGAAGCGGAGUACAAUGUUGAGCCCCUGUGGCGGUUUACAGAUUCCCCAGCUGAUGGCAGGCUGUUGGUUUAUCGCUCAGAAGACAUCAAGAAUCUGAGCCGCAUCGUCUCUCCAAAAGUGUGUGGUUACAUCCACGCUGAGGCUAGUGACCUGCUGCCACAGACCGCUAGGAGGGAUUGGGAAAAACAUGAGGAGGUGGACAAGGAGAAGGGGUUCCCCCACAGAGAGAAGAGGCAGGCGCACGAUCACAAGAAGAAUACCUGCCCCCUGUUGCUGGUUGCAGAUUACCGCUUCUUUGAGCACAUGGGCCGCGGACAAGAGAGCGUCACUCUUAACUACCUGAUCGAGCUGAUUGAUCGAGUUGAUGACAUUUACAGGAACACAACCUGGGAUGAUGAAUUCAAAGGCUAUGGGGUACAGAUCCAUCAGAUCAUCAUCAACAAGGAGCCCACAAAGCCUCCCACUGACCCUGCUGACAGAGGCUGGGUCCACUAUAACAUGAAGAACAGCCCUGUGGAAGACAAGGACGUCUGGGACGUGAAGAAGCUUCUGGAGCAAUUCAGCUCAGACAUAGCUGACAACGCCUCCACUGUGUGUCUGGCACACCUGUUCACCUACCAGGAUUUCGCCGAGGGCACACUGGGGCUGGCCUAUGUGGCCCCGUCCAAACCUCAGGCCCUGGGCGGCCUCUGCCCAAGACCAUACUACCCAUCUCACUCUGCAAAGAAGCCCAGUUACCUCAACACAGGCCUGACAAGCACCAAGAACUAUGGCAAAACCAUCCUCACAAAGGAGGCAGAUUUGGUGACCACUCACGAGCUUGGCCACAACUUUGGAGCAGAGCACGAUCCCGACAACAUCCCUUACUGCGCUCCCAGUGACGACCACGGCGGAAAGUUUGUCAUGUACCCUAUUGCUGUGAGCGGAGACCAUGUCAACAACAAGCGUUUCUCCAACUGCAGCAAGAUCUCCGUAGGGAAGACAUUGCGUUUUAAAGCUCCUGUGUGCUUCAAGGAGAGGAACAGUAAGGUAUGUGGGAACUCCAGAGUGGAAGAGGGGGAGGAGUGCGACCCUGGGCUCCUCCACCUCAACAACGACGACUGCUGCUCAGCCGAUUGCAAAUUCAAAUUUGGUGCACAGUGCAGUGACAGAAACAGCCCUUGCUGUAACGGCUGCAUGUUUCAACUUGCAGGAGUAAGGUGCCAGGAACCUAUUAAUGCGACCUGUAAAGGCAUAUCCUCCUGCACAGGCUACAGCAGUCAAUGUCCACCACCUGAGAAUGCCUCUGACAACACCACCUGUGUUGACAACGGCAAGUGCCGCAAUGGAGAGUGCAAUCCUUUCUGUGAGGCCAUGCAGAACCUUCAGUCCUGUGCCUGCAACGAGACGGAGGACUCCUGUAAAGUGUGCUGUAGGGGAAAAGAUGGCACCUGCGCUCCCUUUAUCCAGGCCAAUGGCAGUUUCCUGUUUCUUCGCAAAGGAAAACCCUGCACCGUGGGCUUCUGUGACGAGGGCGGAAAAUGCAUGAAGCAGGUACAGGACGUGAUCGAGAGGUUGUGGGAUUUUAUCGACAAGCUGGACAUUAACACAUUUGGGAAGUUCCUGGCUGAUAACAUUGUGGGCUCUGUGGUGGUGUUUUCACUCAUCUUCUGGAUUCCUCUCAGUAUCCUGGUUCACUGUGUGGACAAACGACUUGACCAGCAGUAUGAGGAGAACACAAAGUCCUUCUACUACCCUCCAAGCCAGAUGGUGGAAGUUUGUAGUAGAGCUCCCGCCAUAGAGUCAAGAAAUGCUCAGCAACCUCGAGUCAGCGUCCGUGCGCAUCGUCAAGCCUCCUCCGCCUCGCUUCUCCUCCGCCGGCCGGACCGCGCCCUCCUCCCUGCCCCAGCAGCCUCAGCAGCAGAGCCAGGUCGCGGCCUCUCCCGCGGCCAGCACCAGUACCCAGGCCCCCGGCCCGAGCUACGUCCCCACCCCGGACAGCGCAGGGGGGCCGCGGAUGGCCACAAUCCAGGAGGACACCAGCAGCGACUCUCACCUGGGAGAGGAGGGCCUGUCGGACGAUUUCACAACCGCAGGAGCCUCCUCGUCGGCUACGAAAUCCUCCUACGAGGAUCUGAUAGAGCCGAACCUGCAGGCCAGGGACCGGCGGCGCCUCAGGAGGCAGGAUCACAUUGACACAAAAGAGACAGAGUGCUGAGAGUAAAUCACCAACAAUACUUUGUGAUCAAAAGCACCAACACAUUCAUGAUGCAACCUGAUAUGCGUUUUAGGGAACAUGCCAAUACUUGCUGCAUCAUGAGCAUUUCAUAGCAACUGUUUAAAGGUAAUAGCAUACAUGUUUAGCAGGUCAGAUUUGGUGUCAAACUGAACGAAGGACAACAUUUCAGGCAAAACUAGAUGUGGAUAUCAUUCAGUCAGCUUCAACAUGGAUUGAACCACCUCACAGAACAGUCACAAAUCCCUGUGACAGUGAAAUAGUUACUGAGUGAAUUCAUGUUUUUGUGUGCCUGCGGUGAAAUAAUGCUGUGCCUUUUCUCAGUUAGGUUGGGGGUCCUUGGCCAGAUGGAGCCUGGGAGAUCUGAGUAGGUGGGUGGAAAUGAAUCUAGCAGCCCCUCCAGGAUGUUGCAAUUAAUGCAAAGUCAGCCGUUACCUUGCAAUUUUGUAUAAUCGCUGUGACUUUUCUGCAAAUCUAACCAAUCGUUUCCUUUCCUCAAUCAUAUCACUCCCGACUUUAACGUCACAAGACUCACGUCUGUAUUUCUGGUUGUGAAGAUGCAGACGUGCAAGACAAAUGUCUCACAAUUACAAACAUGUACCAAGUAUGAAUCACAAAUUUAGAACAAUGCAUUUUUUUCCCUUACUGAAACGAGUUGCCUUCGAUUUUUAAUGAAUUAUACAAAAAAAAAUUCACAACUAUUUUUGCAAGUUUCCGUUCCUCCCACAGUUUUUUAUUGCCAAAAAAUCACGUGGUAGAAGACCAAGAACACAGUGUGUGGUGCGGUGGUUGUUCUGCAUUAAAAAAAACAAACAGCAACAACUUAAAAGCACUGCAACAUGCAUCGCGAUUUUUUUUAGAAAAGCUGCUGCAAAAUCAGCCAUUUUAGACUGCGACAAUCUAAAAUAAAAGCUUGCAAAAUCCUGAAGGGACUGAACUACCAAACACAUCAUAGUCUCUUUUUAUGCUAUUUAUUUUAGGGACAAAAAAAGUUAAAAAUAAUUACAUAGAUCCUGAGGCUGAAUCCAAAUUCUGCCAGUGUUUAUUGUCAAAAAAAUAUGAACGAUCACUGUGGAUUAUAACUUAAAAUCAGAGGAAACAUCCUGGCCUUUCCCCUCCUAAAUGCUUAUGCACAAAGUACUGUCUCCAUAGCAACACAACCUCACCAGUUUGCUCCACACAAGAGGUGAAAGGUGUAACGUAAUAUUAUUGGUGAUGUAACUGUGGUUAUUUUAUCGUACAAAGGAACAUUUCAGUGUGAUAUAUUAAGCGGCAAACUUUGACUUUAAGAUGUUUUAUCCUGAAUCUUUGUGUUAUAACUGCACUUGAAGUAUUUUUCACAUCACUGGAGAAUUUAAAUAAGUUUUAAACAUGUUCAAACUGUGCUGUGUCCUCAAUGGUUUCUUUUAAAAAGGCUUGUGAAACAAUUUGUCCCCUUUUUAUUUACAACACAUUUUAACACUGUGCGGGGACAACUGGUAGUCUUUUCAGUAUUUCACUUAUUUGUCCAGCUUAUGCACCCCAAGUAAGAAGGUUGUAUCAUCUGUAUGAAACAUGGUGCCUUCUGAUUCUGUGCCUAACUGUGCAGUAGAUGAAAACGAAUCUGGACAAUCCCGAAUUUAAUUUUAAAAGAAACUUUCUGAGGUGCUCAAAUGUUAUUUUUCCCCACUUUGUUGUCUGUCUUUGUGCCAAUGUGAGUUAUGCAUCUCUCUGUUAUUUAAUGCUGUCUCACCACCGCCUGCUGUGUCGCAUAUUAAAAUAUGUAUUAACUGUAGGUCAAGGAAAAAACGACUGUGUAGGUAACAUUGACUCUACUGGAGUGAUGUGAGCUGUUACACAACGAGCAGAUGUCCUGUGUCGUUCAUAUUUUGAUGAUGUGUAUAUUCUUAAUGUUUCUAUGCUUAAGUCCACCAUGAGUUGCUUUUUUUAUGUUUCUUGCUUGCAUUACCACUGCACACAUGUCAAAAUAAAAAUCUUUAUUGUGCA